CAUUUUUACCAGACACCAGAUACCAAACAACAAUACGGUGAGAUACGAUACACUAGUCGGAUAGAGUACCUGUAUCAUGAGUGUAUUGUUGAGUUCGAACACCAUCCGUGCCUGUUUGAGACGUGCACAACGUCUCCCAUCUAACGGUUGUGUCAGACUACUUGCUAUAGAAUCAAAGACACCGGUGGCAAAAACAAAAUCCUUGGACGAUGUCUACACGAAAAUCAUCUCUAAGCCAGGAUACACACAAAGCAAUAAUGACAUGUACUUUGCCUCCACUGCCUACGAUCAGGUCCUAACUAGGGUUGAUGCCGAGAUUUUACAGACUUGGUCGUUGUAUGAGGCUUGCUUGGAGAGCGGUGACUAUGAAAGAGCUGAUCUGAUACUUCAGAAUAUCGCCACUCACAAGUCCAACACAGAAACCUAUUUUUUCGAUGCUGUCUGUGAAUUCCUCAAGACAUGGGGGAAUGAGGACUCAAACUCGAUGACCGAAGUUCGUCGUUGGCUCAAAUACGUCUGCUCACUCAAUAGAAACUUUAUACCCGACGCACGGAUAUACGCAUGGCUGAUCAAGUUGCAGUUUAAGAAGUCAAAUGAUGUGGAUGCUGUUCACAAACUUUUGGUGGAAUACUUCAUGUUGCAGCAGUCAAAUAAAAACGCCGACGUUUUGAGAUAUGUUGAUAUCAUAGGACUUUUGAAUAUCAAGAAGUUGAUCGACUAUAAGCCGAAGCUAGCUGAAGAUUUAGCUGGAAAUUACAAAGCUCUAUUUAUUGCAAUGGCCGAAGAAAAGCAUCUCAAUGACUCCAAACUGCAAACAUCUUUCAUGAAGGAUCUUCCUGUACAUUCUCAAACAUUAGAUGAUUCAUCAAUUAGCAACAAUGGUGUUGGCGAACCUAUCGCACCUAUAAAUAACGAAGUGCUGUCCAAUAUUGAAACAGCUACAGAGGUUUCCAAAAAAAUGGUAGCAGAUGAAGAAGAGGCUUCCGAAGUUCAAGACAUAUCUUUGGACUUGGUUUCAAGCGAGAAGGAGGAGAUAAGACAACCGACAAACCGCGUGAUAGACAACAAAAUGGAAACGUUAAAGUCAGUCUCUUCAGAAAACUUGAAAAACAUUAGGCACUCUCUUUUAGGAUUGGUAGACUCAUAUAACGAUGGACAAUUCGUGAAAAAGAUGAUUCAGCUAAUUGAGCUCGAAAAGCUAGAUAUAAAUACCGAACUCUUGACCGAAAAAAGCAAAGAAGGGACGAUCAACCUGUUCGAUUUGAAAAAUUCUUUACCAUUCGAACAGCAAGAUAAAUUUGAUGAAAUAUUAGAUAGCAUCUCAGAAAUGCGUGAAAGGGUUUUAGAAAGCUCAACUCUGGAGGCAGCAAAAUUGAAAUGGGAAAGAGAAUUUGAAAACAUCAAAGACAAAUCAUUACCUUCCCCAGUCGGCGCAUAUUUACAUGACUGGUUGACACAAUUGAUUCCUCUAAUCGAAGAAGAAGUCAAAGAAUGCAAAAAGGCAAGGGAAGUUAUUGUCGGAUCAAAAUCUGGAGAGACAAAGUUAUCUAAGGCGGAUAUAGCUAGAUAUCAGGAAAAGCUUACUUAUGGACCCUUUUUGGAAAUCAUGAAAAUUCCAAAAUUAGCUACUAUUGCCAUUCUAGACUCGAUGAAAAGCAUAGUCACAUCUGAUAUCAGCAGAGGAGUACCUGUUUCUAAACUCGUCAUGGGUAUAGGUAAAGGAAUUGAGCUUGAAUACAAGUCCGAAAAAAUUCUUGCUGCUGAUGUCGAUGUCCACAAAAACUUCAAGGCAAUCAAAAAUACCCCAGAAUUUAAGAAGUUUUUAAGAAGUACCAAAGCUGCUCAAAUUGUCGAAAACGUUGAAAAAUCUGCAAUGAAUCAAAACAAUAUCAGCUCUGACUCCAACGGACUUUCUUGGGAUUCUGAAUCCUUAUGUCGUAUCGGGUCAUUACUUCUCUCUUUCCUGUUACAGAUUGCAAAGGUCGAGGUUACAGGUGUUGAUCCUAGAACUGGUGAAACCAAAACUGCAUUAGCUCCAGCUUUUUAUCACACCUAUGAUUUUCAAAACGGUGGACGUAUUGGUGUCAUUAAAUUGAACCAAGGCUUUGCUAGUAAGUUAGGAAAAGAACGUUUAGACCAAUCAAUUCAAGCUCAAUACCUGCCAAUGGUUUGCAGACCUAAACCAUGGACUUCGUAUAAUGAUGGAGGGUAUUUUUUGAAAAGAGUUACAGUUUUAAGAGCUAAAAAUGCUCCGGAACAAGCAGCGUACGCCAAAGCUGCCGCAAUUAAUGGCAAAAUUGAUAGAGUUUUACAAGGUUUGAAUAAUCUGGGUAACACAUCCUGGACUGUGAACAGAAGAUUGCUAGAAAUUGUCACCAAAGUCUGGAAUACAGGUGACUCCUUCUUAGAGAUUCCUAAAGCUGAGGAGGAUCUUGUUUUACCUCCAGCUCCACAAAAAGGAUGCGAAGCCGUUGAAGUCUUCAAAUAUAGAAGAGCAUGCACUGAAAUAUGCAAUGAGUUCUCCAAAAACAGAUCAAUGAGAUGCGACAUGAACUAUAAAUUAGAGAUUGCAAGAGCUUUUGUCGGUGAAAGAAUUUUUUUCCCUCAUUCAUUAGACUUCAGAGGAAGAGCAUAUCCUGUCCCCCCAAAUUUUAAUCAUUUGGGGAAUGAUAUGUCGAGAAGCUUGCUUAAAUUUUGGAAAGGAAAACCACUAGGUACUCAAGGUUUGAGAUGGCUGAAGAUUCACUUGUCUAAUUUGAUGGGUAAGGAUAAAAUCUCAUUAGAUGAAAGAGCGGCUUUCAUUGAUGAAAACAUAGAAAUGAUCAGAGAUUCAGUGAAAGAUCCGCUAGGUGGACAAGGAUGGUGGAAGAAAGCGGAUAAACCUUGGCAAUUCUUAGCUUCUUCUAUUGAAUUGGUAGAAGCAUUGGAUUCGCCAGAUCAUACUAAGUAUGUUUCAUAUCAGCCUGUUCAUCAAGAUGGUACAUGUAAUGGCUUGCAGCAUUAUGCUGCUUUAGGUGGUGAUAUUGAGGGUGCUAGACAAGUGAAUUUGAUUCCAGCAGAAAGACCAUCUGAUGUUUAUACGCAUGUGGCAAACUCUGUCCUAAAAUCCGUUUUAAAGGACAGAGAACUAGGUGUUCUUGAGGCUGAGUUGACUCUUCCAAUUAUCUCCAGAAAAAUUGUCAAGCAAACUGUCAUGACUUCUGUUUAUGGUGUUACAUAUGUUGGUGCUAGGGCCCAAAUUACUAAAAGACUAAAGGAAAUAGAAUUUGACGAAGAUGCUAUUUCAAAUUGUUCAAAGUAUUUAACUGAGAAAGUUUUCAAAGCUAUCAGAGAGUUAUUUGAUGGUGCACAUGCCAUUCAAGAUUGGUUGGCAUUAGCUGCUAGGAGAAUCUCCAAAAGUGUGAGACUAGAUGUUGAGUCGGAAGAAGGUGAUGAGUUUAUUUCAUCUGUAAUUUGGACGUCACCUUUAGGAUUACCCGUUGUGCAACCAUACAGAUCGGUUAAAAAUAAGUUAGUCAAGACCAACAUGCAAACCUUCGUCAUUCAAGAUCCUUAUGGAAUCAAGAAAGUUGACGGCAGAAAGCAGGCAAAUGGUUUUCCUCCAAAUUUCAUUCAUUCUUUGGAUGCAACUCAUAUGCUGUUGUCGGUAAACAAAUGCUCAGAAUACGGGCUUUCUUUCUCAUCAGUUCAUGAUUCUUAUUGGACACAUGCUUGUGAUGUGGACGUCAUGAACCAUGUUUUGAGGGAAGAGUUUAUCAACUUACACAGUAAUAAUCUAGUGGAAAAAUUAAAGGGAGAAUUUGAAAGACGUUAUGAAGGUUUCUUGAUGGUUGUCUCUGUUGACAAGAAUUCCCCAGUUGCUGUAGCAGUUAAGAAAUAUAGAGAAGAAUUGUCAAAGAGGAUAGGAAAAGCUCCAACGUUUGCUGACGAAAUCAAGAUUGAAAGGGAGAGACGUCUCUUGCUUGCUUCAAAGGAUCCGGCUGAUAUCGAUCUUGUGAAAAGACUCAAAACAUGUGUUACAGUGUUAGAAGAGGUUGGCUACAGGCACGAUACAGUUGAAGAUAACUUAGGUACUUUUAAAAUGCUUGUUCCAUUCACUCUUCCUAACAUUCCUCCAAAAGGUGCCUUUGACAUAUCGGUCGUCCAAGACAGUCCAUAUUUCUUCUCUUGAAGUCGCCGCCCAUUUUGAUGAGUAGUACUCGCAUUGUGCCCGUUAAGUUUGGCCGUGGAUUUUUCUUCUGUUACGACAUCUUAGUCGAUGGUUAACACAUUUAUACACAAUGAUUUCAAUUUUGAUUGUAGACUUUGGGAUGGUUUGAUGGAUAAACUUCUUGUAUAUAUUUUAGUUCUACUCUCAAAAAGUUCUUAACUUCAUUUAUUUGCUUACUUUUUUAUUUUUCUGUUGUUACGGAAAUUGUAUCUA